AUGGAAGAUAGACGCGCAGCAUACAAGAACAAGGGAGCAUUCCGUCAAGACGAGCUCAGAAGACGCAGGGAGGAGCAGCAAGUAGAAAUCCGCAGACAGAAGAGAGAAGAGUCCGUGGCUAAGAGGCGCAACUUCAACGUCUCAAAUGGUCCAGAUUCUGACGACGAGUUUGUCGCUACAGAGAUCGAUACAAAGCUGGCUGAGGAGCUCCCAAUCAUGAUUCAGAAUGUUUUCUCGGAUGAUUACCAGGCACAGCUCGAGUCUACGCAGAGAUUCAGAAAGCUGCUGUCGAAGGAACGCAAUCCACCAAUCGAGAAGGUUAUCGAGUGCAACGUCGUACCACGCUUCGUUGAAUUCCUGUCUUCCCCACAUGGCAUGAUUCAGUUCGAAGCUGCCUGGGCACUCACAAACAUUGCUUCAGGCACCUCACAACACACUCAAGUCGUUAUUCAGGCUGGCGCUGUGCCUUAUUUCAUCCAGCUCUUGUCUUCUCCAGUUCUCGACGUCAAGGAGCAGGCCGUGUGGGCAUUGGGCAAUAUUGCGGGUGAUUCACCCAAGUGUCGUGACUACGUGUUGCAACAACAAGCUUUACCUCCUUUGUUGGGAUUGCUUGGUGAAAACCACAAACUGUCGAUGCUCAGAAACGCAACGUGGACACUUUCAAACUUCUGCAGAGGCAAGAACCCUCAACCAGACUGGGAGCUUAUUAGCCCUGCACUGACUGUUCUCACCAAGCUUAUUUACUCAAUGGAUGAUGAGGUACUCAUCGACGCUUGCUGGGCAAUCUCAUACCUUUCCGAUGGAUCAAACGACAAGAUACAGGCUGUGAUAGAGUCUGGUGUGUGUAGAAGACUGGUUGAUCUACUGAUGCACAACUCAACCGCUGUGCAAACACCAGCGCUGCGUUCAGUUGGUAACAUAGUCACUGGUGAUGAUUUGCAGACUCAAGUCGUCAUCGCAUCCGGUUCGCUCCCCGCUCUCCUCUCCCUCCUCUCCUCACCAAAGGACGGAAUUAGAAAGGAGGCUUGCUGGACGAUAUCCAAUGUCACAGCAGGAUCACCACAUCAAAUCCAAUCAGUCAUCGACGCUAACAUUAUCCCACCACUGCUUAAUAUCCUCCAGCACGCUGACUUCAAGACUAAGAAGGAGGCAUGUUGGGCAAUAUCGAAUGCCACAUCGGGUGGUCUGCAGGAACCUUCUCAAAUACGCUAUCUGGUUCAGCAGGGGUGUAUAAAGCCAUUGUGUGACUUAUUGAAGAGCAUGGACAAUAAGAUUAUUCAAGUAGCACUCGAUGGGUUGGAGAAUGUGCUCAAGGUGGGUGAGCUCGACAAGGAGUCAAACGGACCUGGAAGUGUGAACCAGUAUGCUCAAUACGUUGAAGAAGCUGGUGGAAUGGUUACAAUCCAUAACCUUCAACACCACGAGAAUCUAGACAUAUACAAAAAAUGCUUCUUCCUUAUGGACAAGUAUUUCCCAGAGGACGAUGACGAGGAUGUGGCUGCUACGGGUAUGUCAGGUACUAGUGGUCCACAGGUGGAUGCACAGGGCUCUUAUGCUUUCAAUGUUGAGCCUCAGGCUCCGAUGGGUGGCUUCAACUUUGGCGGUAACUGA